UGAGCACACGCUGUCCUUCCGCGGGUUUGUGAAACGGUGUUCAUACGAUCCGCUGUGUCGACCUUUAUAAACCACAGACAAAAUGAGCAAAGCACACCCACCAGAGCUGAAGAAGUUCAUGGACAAGAAGCUUUCAUUGAAGUUGAAUGGAGGCAGACACGUGCAGGGCAUCCUGCGAGGGUUCGACCCUUUCAUGAACCUGGUGGUGGAUGAUACUCUGGAGAUGGGCCCAGGUGGACAACAGAACACAAUCGGCAUGGUGGUCAUCAGAGGAAACAGCAUCAUCAUGUUGGAGGCCUUGGAGAGAGUAUGACAGGAGAGAACUGGGGGCGGAUACACCUUUUUACAUUCUUUUUUUUUUUACGUUCUUUGUGUAACAGAAGCAGAGCAACUGUAUGUCUUUGAAUUGUAAGACGUCUAAAUUUACAUGGACAGACAUGUUUUGUUUGGAAGCAUUUUGAAUUGUGUGUAUUCUUGUGAAUAAAUCUUUUUCUUUUUGGUA